AUGAAGGUAACCCUUUUCGAACCUCCGCCGAAGGAUCCGUCCAAAUCUCAUAUAGAGAAUAUCCUCGAGUUGACCCCCGUGUCUGACUUUGGGCCGGACGUGUUCACGAACACCCGUCCACUGUGGCAUCCGCCGGGUGCCCGUGGAAUCUACGGUGGUGCUGCUAUCGCUCAAUGUCUUGCUGCUGCCCAAUUAACCGUUGACCCUGAAUUUUCACCGCACAGCAUGCAUUGCUAUUUCGUGCUGGCCGGUGACUCUGAAAUUCCCAUCAUAUACCAUGUCGAACGGGUCCGGGAAGGACGGUCCUUUGCGACUCGAACCGUACAAGCACGCCAAAGGGGCCAACCCAUUUUCACCACGACGAUAAGUUUCGACCGUGAGGGAGGCGGCGGCAAGAAAAAAGUCGAACAUAGCACGAAGAAACCGGAUGUAGCACUGCCACCUUCGAACGGGAAUACUGUCGACAGAGGCCCUUUUGAGACGAGAAGGGCUGGGAUUCUUAAUAGAACCUCCCCCAACGCGGAGCAAAAAGCAAUCCAUCAAUUCAUUCGAGCGCGAGGCACCAUCACUGGCGGUCGGAAAGCCCACCUUUCUGCGUUAGCAUACAUGUCCGAUAGCUACUUCAUCGGCACCGUUGCGCGAGUCCAAAACAUUCCCCGUUUCGCAUCCCCCAGUGCCCUAAAAGCAGCCAUCUGCAAGCUGAAAAAUCCUUCUGAUCUGGACAUCGAGGAAAUCGAGAGAUCCACCAUGGAGCUUGCGCGGCAAGAAGCUGCCGAAUUUUCGGCUGGGUACGCGCAACAACACAGUGAUGAUACCUCGCAUGAACCACCGCGGGAGAUGGGCAUGAUGGUCAGUUUGGAUCAUACAAUCUACUUCCACAGUCGUGGAGGGUUUAGGGCCGACGAAUGGUUGUUCACCGAAAUGACUAGUCCAUGGGCAGGCGACGAGAGGGGACUGGUUAUGCAGAGGAUCUGGGCGCAAGAUGGGACGUUGGUGGCUACAUGUGUGCAGGAGGGCGUUGUGCGCUUGAAACAAGACAGCCUCAACAAGGCAACAAAACUGUAA